AUGGCGAAUAUACCAACUAAUUCAAUAGGUUUUGAAGAAGAAGCUAAGAAAGCUCGUGAAUAUUAUAUGUAUGGUGAUUAUGAACGUGGUAUAACAUUUUAUGGAUUAGCUAUUGCUAAACUUCGACGUUAUUGUUAUACAUUAUCAGAUGCAACAGAAAAAAAACGUGGCAAUGAGUGUAUAAUUGAACUUGAACGAGAACUUCAAUCAACAAUAGACCAUAGACAAAUGAUUGAAGUAAUUCAUGCAAAUUUAUUAGCAAAAUUUACGAAAGGUGAUGUGCGAGCAAUUGGUGGUGAUGCUAAUAUUGAUAUAAAUUUUGGACAUCCUUUUUAUAAUCCAGCUGUUGAUGGACGUCCAAUACGUGAUAUUGAUUUUAAUAAUCGAAAUCCAGUUCAAGCAGUCGCUCCAUCUCAACCAGCACCUGCACGUCCUCAAGGAAUUGUUCGUGAUAUAAAAUCAGCCAAUAACAAUCAAAGAGGAAGAAAAGCUCCACAAAGUGCUUCUAGUAAUAAACAAAAACAAUCUGAUAAUAAACGUGAUAAUAAUCAACCAAAUAAUCCAGAAAAAAAAUAUGUACCUACAGCAGCAGAAAAAGAUUUAGUAGAAGGUUUAGAACGUGAUAUUGUUCAAAAAGAUCCAAAUGUUCGAUGGGGAGAUGUUGCUGGUUGUGCAGCUGCUAAAAAAUUACUACAAGAAGCUGUUGUAUUACCACGUUUUAUGCCAGAUUUUUUCAAAGGCAUUCGUCGUCCAUGGAAAGGUGUGUUGUUAUUUGGUCCUCCAGGUACUGGAAAAACAAUGUUAGCUAAAGCAGUAGCAACAGAAUGUAAAACAACAUUUUUUAAUGUUGCUGCUGCAAAUUUAACAUCAAAAUAUCAUGGUGAAGGUGAAAAACUUGUACGUUUACUUUUUGAAUUGGGUAAAUUUUAUGCACCAUCAACAAUAUUUAUUGAUGAAGUUGAUUCAUUAUGUUCAACACGUGGUCAAUCAAAUGAACAUGAAGCUAGUCGAAGAGCUAAAUCUGAAUUACUCAUUCAAAUGGAUGGUGUAACCGGUGCUGUCGGAGGUGAUGAUCCAUCAAAGAUGGUUAUGGUAUUGGGUGCAACUAAUCAUCCUUGGGAUCUUGAUGAUGCAAUGCGAAGACGUCUAGAAAAACGUAUUUAUAUUCCAUUACCAGAUUUUGAAACACGAAAAGAAUUACUUACUAUAAAUUUAAAAGAAGUUCCACUUGCUAAAGAUGUUAAUUUAGAUAUUAUUGCUAAAAAACUUGAUGGAUAUUCUGGUUCAGAUAUAACUAGUGUUUGUCGAGAUGCAGCUAUGAUGCAAAUGCGUCGAGCAACAGAAAAUUUAAGUAUGACUCAAAUUCAAGAACAAGCACAAGAUUUAAAAGAAAAACUUCAAUCACCAACAAUAAUGAAAGAUUUUGAAGAUGCGAUUUCAAAAAUUUCAUCAUCAGUUUCAAAAGAAAUGCUUGAAAAAUAUGAUAAAUGGAUGAAAGAUUUUGGUUCAGUUUAA